UAAUUUCAGUCUGAAUUGGUCGGUCGUUGAGCGCGGAAGUGCUCAGAGUGCGAGUGAGAACGGGCAACGGGCACAGAGCGCGAUUUGUUUGAAUGGCUGAGACCCUUUCUGCUGGCUACGCCCCAAUGAAACACCAGCAACAUGUGCAUCGAUCAAAUUCGCGAAGUGUGAUAAAGACAACCAAGUGACUUAAAGAACAAAAGCUGAAAUCUCAACUGCAAUAUACACAUAUAUAAUAAGCCAAUUAGAGACAAGUUGCGAAAAUGACAAUAACAUAUACAGGUGAAGUGGCCACAUGCCGUGGCUUUGGCUGUUUUCUCAAACUGCUGCUCAGGUGGCGCGGAAGUAUUUACAAAUUAGUCUGGCUGGAUCUGUUGGCCUUCCUCACAUUAUAUUAUCUACUUAAUCUGGUCUAUCGGUUUGCGCUCAACGAGGCCCAGAAAGAAACCUUUGAGGCGAUCGUCGCCUAUUGUAAUAGUUAUCGUGAUCUCAUACCGCUGUCUUUUGUGCUGGGUUUCUAUGUAUCCAUUGUGAUGACUCGCUGGUGGAAUCAGUACACUUCCAUCCCCUGGCCGGAUCCCAUCGCCGUCUUCGUCAGCUCCAAUGUGCACGGCCAGGACGAGCGUGGUCGAGUCAUGCGUCGCACGAUCAUGCGCUAUGUGUGCCUCUGCCUCACCAUGGUGCUGGCCAAUGUGUCGCCGCGCGUCAAGAAACGAUUCCCCGGCCUCAACAAUCUGGUGGAGGCGGGCCUGCUCAACGAGAACGAGCGCACCAUCAUUGAGACGAUGAACAAAUCAUUUCCCAGGCCCUCCAAGCACUGGCUGCCCAUUGUCUGGGCGGCGAGCAUCAUUACGCGAGCAAGGAAGGAGGGCCGCAUAAGGGACGAUUUUGCUGUGAAGACGAUCAUCGAUGAGCUGAACAAGUUCCGAGGACAGUGCGGAUUACUGAUUAGCUAUGAUACGAUCAGUGUGCCCCUGGUUUACACCCAGGUAGUUACGCUAGCCGUAUACUCAUAUUUCCUUACCUGCUGCAUGGGUCAGCAGUGGACAGAUGGCAAAGUCGUCGGCGGCAGCAGCUACCUGAACAAGGUGGAUUUGUAUUUCCCAGUGUUCACCACGCUGCAGUUCUUCUUCUACAUGGGGUGGCUGAAGGUGGCCGAGUCCCUGAUYAAUCCCUUUGGCGAGGACGACGACGACUUUGAGGUCAAUUGGAUGGUGGAUCGCAAUUUGCAAGUUUCGUAUUUAAUUGUAGAUGAAAUGCACCAUGAUCAUCCGGAGCUACUGAAGGAUCAGUACUGGGACGAGGUGUUUCCCAAUGAGCUGCCGUACACCAUCGCUGCGGAACGCUUCCGUGAGAAUCAUCCGGAGCCCUCGACUGCCAAAAUCGAUGUGCCCAAGAAUGCGGCCAUGCCCUCGGGCAUAUCAUCUGUGCGAAUCGAUGAAAUGGUUGGUAACAAUGGCAACGUCGCCUCUGGGUCGAAGCAGACUGCCACUGAGCAGCCGUCGCAAGGGGCAACCAAUCAGUCAGUUACUUAUGACCUUUCCAAGGCUGCGCCAGACGAGGAGGCGGACGAUGCCAGCGGCAUACACUUCUCUGCAGGCAAUGGCAAAUCGCGCCUGGGACUCGGCUCCUCGCCCAGCCUGGUUAGUGUAUCGGGUACGCUGUCGCGGGUGAACACUGUAGCCUCGGCACUGAAACGCCUGCUCAGUCGGGACGAAAGCCGUCCGAACUCCGCUACGCCCAGCGACGAUCCGGGCAAGUACCGUUUCCCGAACAGCGCCAGCACAGCCAGCUUGACAGGAGCCAACGUUGGCUCCUCGACUGUGAAGCCGGCAGCGGGCAGCAUGCGCAUCACCCAACAGGUCAUCGAGGAAGUGGACGAGCAGGCAACCAUCACUUCCACACGCCCCCACGAUCCACGUCCGAAUGUCAAAGACAUUUUCUCGUCCACCAACGGCGACCCACUGCAUCAGCCAGGCAGCCAGCCGCUGCAACCGCCACCGCCUGCAAGUAGACCCGGCGAGCUGCCGGCGCGCUCCCAGCCAAUGGACAUACCCAGACGCUCGCCUCAAUACGAGCGUGCUUACUCCCAGUAUGAGCCGACGACAUCGCUCUUCCCGCCCGGCGGCGUGGACGCAUUGCUGAGCACCUCGGCGCCGGCUGGAGACGGUCCCUCGCUCUUGGCAGGAGACACGGCGCCCAGCUCGCCGCAGGGUGACAGCAGCAAAUCCCUGUUUGAGCCGAACAGGGUUGCCAGCCGCGAGACAGCGAGUGAGAGACCCGAUGCACCACAGUACUUCCGGUGGUUCGUGACGCCCGUCGAAAAUCUCGACGUCAAAGCAUCGGCCGAUGUUUUGGCCAAUCCAGCUGCCGAGCCCCCGCCAGACACUGGCGAUGACUUCGAAAAACUACGAGCUGCUCGCGAAAAGGAGAAGCUGGUGCGCCAGCAAAUGAACUUGGCGCGGACGAUUAGCACCGCCCCGGGCGUGGAUGCCUCCGGAGUGCCAGUUGUGGUGCCAGUGGCACUAGUGGCACCACCCGCGGCUCAGCCGGCCGCCCCAACCCCGCUGAGAACAGUGCCCUCCAAUGCUGACUUGCUCGCCGGCACUGAUCCAGUGACCAACUCGACCAUCAAGUCCGAGGAUGCCACCACAGGAAGUUGAACUGACAGUUAGAGUUUUACAUUUGGGCGUACUACAUAGGGAGUACGCCGUCUGUGCUGUAUACUUUUUCAAACUACCCUUAAGUUGAUUAAUUAGCGUUAGUUAAUUUAUCUAAGCUGCUAAACUUAAUACCUUAACAAGCACAAUGAUACAAAAAAAAAAAAAAAAAAAAAACAAACAAAUAAGCAGAGAUAGAAACAUAUUAAGAAUGCUCAUAACGUUAAAACGAUCUUGAGUGAAAGUGGACCCAUUUAGCGCAGUUAAUAUAAUAUAAAUAUUAUUUAUCAAUUAAGUCAACAGUGAUUUGAAUCUACACAAUAAUAUAAGUUUUUCUAAAAGGCCAA